AUGCUCCAGUGCCGGUACGAGUAUCAAGUCAAGCUCGCCGGUGGCACGAUUCGCUACGUGCCAAUCCGUCCACCCGAAGGUAACCCAAUGGCAAAUGGCAGCGACUGGACAAUCGACAUGGCCGAACUUGAGGGCACAAUCAACGAGAGAACAAAGAUGAUUUACCUGAACAACCCACAUAAUCCGCUCGGCAAGGUAUUCAGCAGGGCUGAGCUCACCGCAAUCGGCAACCUGUGCGUCACAUACGGUCUUGUUCUUCUUUCCGAUGAAGUCUACGAGCGCAUUGUAUUCCCUCCCCAUUCUGUAUCAGAUACGGAUGCCGUUCAUACACGAGUCGCCUCGAUCUCUCCUGAAAUCUUCGCACACACGCUUACCGUUGUCUCUCUCGCUAAGCUAUUCAAUGCGACUGGUUGGCGCGUAGGCUUCGUCAUAGGGCCUGAUGUUCUGAUGCAGCCCGUUAUCGCCACACAUCUUGUGCUGGCAUAUUCCAGUAGUGGACCAGCGCAAGAUGCAUGUGCAAUAGGUCUGCGUGAAGCGGAGAGACUGGACUGGUGGAGUGUAAAUGCCAGGGACUACGUCAUGCCCGGCGCUGCAUGGUUUAUCUUUGUUUCUGUGGACAACAUCUCGGUGCCCGAAGAGUACAACUAUCCUCCGCUCGUCGCCAAACAUGGCACGAAAGACUGGAAAACGUGUUACUUUUUGGUUCAAGAGUUUGGUAUUGCAUCGAUUCCGGGGACCUGCUUCUAUGGGGAGGACAACAAGGCGUUGGGGGCCAGAUACCUGCGCUUCGGGGCAUGUAAGUCAGAUGAAGGUCUGCGACUAGCCGCUGAGCGACUCCAAAAGUUGAAACCGUACAUCCUGGGAGAAAGGACAUUCUAA